UCAGAAGAAGAACCUCCUCCCAGAAUCCUGUGCGGCGGUAAAGUGACCUCUGCUGCUAACAGUUAGCUCCGUUAGCUCCUGAUGAACGAUGGCUCCUCCGGUCGCAGUGUCUCCUCUCAUUAAGACGGCGAGGUAUUCAGCUCUGAUUGCUGGAAUCAUCUACGGCAAGAGGAGAUAUGAUCACCUGAAGCCGAUCGCAGCAGAGGAGAAGAGGAUCGAGGAGGAGGAGAAAAAGGUUCGGGAGGAGCAGGAGCGCAUCGCCAAGCUGCUAGAAGCGAGUCAAGACACCAUUCUGAAGUAAACCUGCGCUGUUUGACGAUCUCCCUGUGCAAUGUCCAACCUCUCCCUCCUUUUUUCUGGAGCACCGACUGCAAACUUCGGUCCCAACCGGUCCCACGCCGCCGCGUUGUGGACGUUUUCACUGUUACCUUGAAUAAUACGACACCUCUCUGGACCAGCGGGUUAAAGUUGGUUACACCAUGUGAAGUAAAGCUCCUGAACUCAGCAUUGUCACCCUGCUAAAUGCUGCCUCACUCCUAACUUAUUAAAGUUCCUGUUUGUAAUGUAGAAAUUCAUAAAAACACCAGUACAUGAUCGCUGUAGUGUUUGUCUCUGUUUACCAGCAUGUGACCUCUGGUUCUGUAGACACUGUUACAGAUAUUAAACACGUUCUAUUACAAUGAUCAGGAAUCAUUUUGCACAUUUUGUUCACAUUAAUAAUCUCAUUAAACGCAGAAGUUCUUUAAAAUG